AUCUUACUUAUAUAGUAAUAGUAAUUGGUAAUUUUAAUCGUCGAUAAAGCGUUCUUGUUAGUAAAAGCCGCUAACAUUAAAAUAAACGUUGUAUUACGAAAAAUCUUUAUUUCUUUUGUAUUAAUUAGUGUAUAUUAUCGCCUAGUACGUUUUUAUUUAAAGUGUAUCAAUGGAUUACGACAUCGGAACUAAACUUUUAAUUCAGUCUCCUGGCAAUGAUUGGGUGCCAGCUGUAGUAGAAGAAGAUGAUGGAGAUGAAAUUUUUAUAUCAUACACUAAUGGUAACUGUGCAAACGAAUGGAUUAAUAAAGACAGUCAUCGAAUUUGGCCAAUGAAUAAAGAAUGGGAAUUAAAUAAAAAUCCCAGUGAGACUCAACAAAUUGCUGUAUCUGAAAUAAAGCCAAUUGAAACCCCAAUUGAAAAAGAAGUUGUAAAAAAACUUUCAACUGGAUCUAAGUCUGCUGGCGUAUUCAAAGUGAAAUUUAAAAAAGAUGCUACUAAAACAAAAAAAGAUACAAAACACAAAGAAUCAAAAACAUCAAGAGAUAUUAAAAAAAUAUCUGGGAACAAUCCUAAACAGCAGUUGUCAACUAAUUCUACAAAAGAUUCAAAAAUGUUCUUACAAGAUUCAGACAAUUCUAAAAUGAUAAGACCUGGAACAAAUAAUGAUUCUCUUUCAAAAGAUUUGCCUCUAAUUGAAAAACCUAUUGACGAAACAAGUAACUUACCAAAAUCUGAUAACUUUGAAGAAUUACUGGAGGAUAUAGAAGCAGAAGCAGAAAUUUGUUCUCCCACAAAAUCAUCCAUACGAGGCAUUGACAAACAAAAAAAGAAAAGGAAAAAAUUUUUUGGACAAAGAAAACGACCCGAAAAAAGACCAUGUUUAUCAAAAAGUAUUGAAAAUAAAAAAAAUUUGCUAGUUGUUAAACUAAAUCCUCACAGAAUAAAAAGAAAAAAUACUUCUACUCCACAUAAAUCAAAAAAUGUAAACCACUCAACUCCUCCAGCAAAGAAAUUGAAGCUCUCGUUGCCUAUCAAGGAUUCAGUAGAAGAACGAAGUCCUCAAACACCUACAACAUUUAGUCAAUUAGCCAACAAUAUGAUAUUGCAAAAAAUAAGAUUGGAGUCAUCCAACAAACAAGGGUUCAGAUGUCCUAAACAGGAGUGCAGUAAAUUGUUCCGUAAAGAAAAUUUAUUAAUGAUGCACAUCAAGCAUUAUCAUUCGGAGUACACUGACCUUUUAGUCUCUACACCAAAUGUAACUGAUCUCGCAACGGCUAGAAUUGAAGGUGAAAAUGUUGAUGAUUUAUCGCCAUCUUAUUUCCUACACAGAAUAUCUCAACUAGAAGCAAAGAAAACAGUUGGGAAUACACCUUGUGAAUCACCAUCAAUCAAUAUGACGCCACCUUCAACAUUAAAAUUUCCAGAACUAGAAUUGGACAAUGUAUCAUUCCAAUCAGAAAAUUUGAAUUCAUCUUAUGUCUCCAAUGAUAAAGUAGAAAAUGUGACUCAGUCGUACGAAUCAAAGGAUUCUGGUUUCUCUACUGACACAAUUGAAUUGGGAAGAUUGUUAUCCGAAACAUUUAAUAAAGAGUCUGCUUUAGUUAAAGAACCAAUUAUUAAGAAAAUACCUGUGGCGGAUACUUAUGAAAACGAAACUCGCGACAGCUGUGAUACCAUAAGUAUGACUUCAGAUCGUCAUUAUAAAAUUAAAAAAAAUAAAUCUGAAAUUGAAUCUUUACGUAAAGAAGAAGUUAUAAAUUGUUCUUGUGGAUCGAAUCAAGAAGACGGUUUAAUGAUUCAAUGUGAUGUUUGUCUAUGUUGGCAACAUGGUUUUUGUAAUAAAAUUGAUUCUGAAGAUCAAGUUCCAGAUAAUUAUAUUUGCUUUAGUUGCCUGAAUCCUUCGAAGAAAAGACGCUCUAAGCAAUACGAUUAUUUACAAGAUUGGAGAAAAGAAGGAAAAAUUGCUACUGUUCUACAACAUAAAGAUGAACGAAGAAAAAAAGAUGAAAAUAUUUUAAAACAAACCCAUCAGUUAGUUGCUGAAGUCAUUGAACAUAAUGACUAUUUGCAUAGUCUGGUUGUUAAAACUGUCAUUUACGGGCAAACUCCGGAUCAUCCUAAAUUGUAUUUGUGGUCUGAUCAAAGUUCAAAUAGAAACGAUGAACCUCCUCCUGAUAAACUCGAAGAAUUGUUAAGAGGUCCAGUGCCAGAAAAACCUAUCAACACAGCUGAGUGUCGAAAAAAUUUGCUUGACGAAAUGAAUGAAGGCUUUGAUAAUUUAGAAGCCAGAAUCAGUUUGUUUGAAUCAAAAGUUAAUGGCAUAGAAGACCAAGUGAAUGGUAGUAUUGAUCAUGAAGUCUUAUCAAAUACUGUAACAAUGUUAAUAAGAGAUUUAAAAUCAAUUCGUCAUCACUUAUCGUUAGAAAACAAAAACAAGGAAGCCACAUCUAACAGUACUUAAACAUUUGUUUUUUUUUCUUAUAUUUAAUUAGUUAUUUAUAGUUUCACAUUUACAGAUAUAAAAGUAUAUAAAAAAGUAUGUUUUGUGUACAACAAAUUAUGUACUACUUAUACGUUAUUUUGUAUUUUGAAGUUGUAUAAGCACAAUUUCAUAGGUUAAAAUUGCUCCUGCAACCUAAAAGAAAUAAAGGUGCAAAAUUGUUUUAUUUAUAUCAAUAUGACUUUAGGAUUUACUUACACCUAAAAGAAAAUUCCUUGUGAUUGAAAACAUUUUUAGCCCGGUUAGAGCUACAUAGUCUGAAGUCACCUCUUGUAGAAACCGCUGGGUCUUAGGGAAAAUAAAACUAUUUAUAUAAUAUCAUUACAUUUAUUUUGUUUUAAAAGAUUUUUGAUAAUUUUGCUAAAAAUUUUAAUUUUACAGUAAAUAACCUAAAAAAAGAGUUUUUCAGAAAUUAUUUUCAGUUAUUUUUACCUUAUUUAAUAUAAACGUAUAGAUUAGUUUUAUUUGUCUUAUACCAUCACUAAAAGCAUAAUAAGUUACCACUGGCUUAUUAUUAGAAA